AUGACUGCCCAACAAGCCCCAAAGUGGUAUCCUUCAGAAGACGUUGCUGCCUCAAAGAAAACCAGAAAGGCUAUUCGCCCACAAAAGUUGCGUGCCUCUCUAGUUCCAGGUACCGUCUUGAUCUUGCUAGCCGGCCGUUUCAGAGGUAAGAGAGUUGUUUACUUGAAGCACCUUGAGGACAACACUCUAUUAAUCACCGGUCCAUUCAAGGUCAACGGUGUCCCAUUAAGAAGAGUCAAUGCCCGUUACGUCAUUGCUACUUCCACCAAGGUCUCUGUCGAAGGUGUCGACGCUGGAAAAUUCAACGUCGAAUACUUCGCCAAGGAAAAAUUGACCAAGAAGGAAAAGAAGGAAGCUAACUUGUUCCCAGAACAACAAAACAAGGAAAUCAAGACUGAACGUGUUGAAGACCAAAAGGUCGUUGACAAGGCUUUAUUGGCUGAAAUCAAGAAGACCCCAUUGUUGAAGCAAUACUUGUCUGCCUCCUUCUCUUUGAAGAACGGUGACAAACCACAUUUAUUGAAAUUCUAA